UCUUUUCUCUAAACAAUGGUCUUUUAAAUAUUUAAACAGAUUUUUGUAAAUUCAACUUUGCAGAACUUUACAUUGUUAUAAUUUAGGACUCUAUCACUAAAGAAUUUAGAAUGUUCCAAUGUUGAAAAAAAAAUCGUACAUUUCUAAUGUUAAUUUUUCAAACCGUACAUUUCUACGAUUUUGCAGAAUUUAGGAUCUUUAACAUUAUUAAAGCAUCUUAAUGGAUGUUUGUUAAUUCAUGAGCAAAAAACUCAUGAAUUUAGAUAGUUCCAACAAUAAUGCAGAUUGGGCUCAACAAGACUCUCUGAAUCGUGUCCAACUGGGGAUGUUCAAGACUGGCACAUGCCCUUAUGGAGACCACUGUCAAUUUGCUCACGGCAUUGGAGAGCUUCGCCAAAUGAUCCGCCAUCCACGCUACAAAACUGAGGUCUGCAGGAUGGUCCUUGCUGGGGUUGUGUGCCCGUGUGGCCAUAGAUGCCAUUUCCGUCAUGCACUUACUGAACAAGAGAAAGCUAUGUUUUUGUUGAAAUGUUCAUUUACAGUAUAGCAUGGUCCUCUUGGGUAUGUCUUUAGCUACUCUAUUGCUAUAAUUACAAGUUCAUCUCUGUCAAGUAUUGUAAAAUGUUUAGUAACUUAUUUUAUAAGUGGAAUUUGCAUAUGUAU